AUGGUAGUGAAGAACAUCUUAUAUUUGAUUAUGAUAAAGUUACAGAGAAAGAUACAAAUAAUGUUGGUAAUUAUGUUUAUUUGAGUGAUGAAGGCAUGGAUACUAACACAUUAACAAAUAGCGAAGUUGAAAAUAUAGAAACUUAUUUUGAAAAUGAAAGAAAUGAAGAAACUAGAAUUAAUAUUAGAGAAUAUGAAGACGAUCAUUAUGAAAUAGAGGAG